UGUUCCUCUUCAAAUGAACUAAGGUAUGGGACGUGCGUGAGAUAGGUAUUCAUCCCAGGUCUAGACAUUCCAGAUGGCUUGGGAAAGGGAUUGUUCAAUUAAAUUUCUCAAUAUGUACAGUACCCCCCUUUCCUUUUUCCCAGCAGCAGCGAACCACUUCCCCCUUAUCGGAAUAUCCUCGUUUCCCCCACCACCCCGUCGAGCAAUACCCAUGCUGAAGAGGGCCUGCUUAGCUGUGGAAAUGUUACAAGCAAGUGGCGGUGGGUUGCUAUGGAAAGGCCUCAUUCGUUGGACACACGCGACGAACGCGAUGUCGCGGAAGUUGGGCGCCCUGCAAUUUCCGACGCCACUGCUACAACUGUUGUUUUUUGCUCUAUUUAACGGCUCAAUCGUGGGUGUGAGGGAAGGUAUAAUCUUUUUCUGCUGGUUCAGAAUUCCUUCCAUCUCUUCCCUAAACGCUGUUCAUGCCUACCACAAUACCAAGACGUCGCUCCGCAGGAUGUCUCGUAUGUCGCCUCAGGGGAAAGGGAUGCACACGUCCUCCCGGAAGCUUUGCCUGCACGGACUGCAGCCGUCUUCGGUUGCGAUGCCAUGAGCGAGUAGGGCCUGUCCCAGUUGGGCUAAGGCGUCACUAUGCUUGUGAGGCUGCUCACGAAGAGAUCCGCCAGGCUAUUGCAACGGCGACGUCUCGCACCGCUCACCAUCCACUGCCCAUGACUGAGAGCUUUUCGCGUUUACUGGAACAGGCCACAUUAAGCCGGUUCAAUACCCGAGCCGCCCAGGCACUCCGAUACCAGGAAGCCUCACCUCAAUGCCAGGCUGAACUAGGUAACGCGUCGACCCCCCCAACUCCCCCUGUCAGCAGCCCUGAAGCGAUGGAGUCCAACGUGUCCUCUCUGUUUCCGACGUACUCUUCAAAUUCCAUCCCGGAUUUUGAUCCGCUAUUUGAAUGUUUUAUGGAUAAUUCUGCAGCAUUGUUGGAUGACGCACCGGAUCGUAUUGUGUAUCAUGGGCCCUUGGGUCCGUCAAGGAUCGCCGGCCGAAGCGUCGACGGUUCGGAAGGAGAUGGCCAUCAAGCGAAUUCGUCGACACCUGUAUUUCUUGAUUCACACCCUCCGCCAUCACCCCAGCAGGACGUUCAUCUAAUCAUCGAGAGCCUGAGACCAUUCCUAUGGUACUGCGGAUACGAGCUUGUCCACAGGUGAAUGCGUUACAAUGUCGUUGGACGCCUAAGACGAUGUGGCGCAACUCGUUUGGCCGCUACACCAUUAGAGAAUCAUUCUGUCCUGACUUUCUCGUAAUGUUGUAUGGUAGUUGGCACGAACUGUUAUCUCAAUUUAUUCUUUCUG